GUGCUGUAAGAUGACAUGGCGGGCGGGAGAGAUUUAAUACUGGCAAACACGCUUCCUGUAUUGACUUCAACUCUUCAUCACAGGAAUGUGGCUGCCAGUGCCCACCCCUCUUUUACAGACUCUCAGUUUUUCUUUGGGUCUCAGUUUUGGCAUGAAAAUUCUCAAGGCACAUCUCAAGAUAUGAGUGUUUCAUCCAGGACCUCCCAACAAAGUUCACAAGAGGGAAGUGACCCAAAGUUUUCAAACAGUUACCACACUAAACCUCUCCUGUUUGGAGAACUGAAGGACAAAAGCAAAGCCUUUGGAAUAUUGGACACAUUUGAGGAGAACAAGAAAAGGGCAAAAGAAAAAGCUGACAGUGAUAUUUUAGUGAAAGAAUACCAUCAUUUUCAAGAAACUCUCAACAAUAUUCAACAGUUGGUUGCUGGCACAGAGAGAAAUACUGCUGUGUGUCAAACGGUCCUUGAAAAAUUUGACAAUUUUGCAUCAACAUUGCAAAACAAUCUUAGCAGUCUUCAGAGUGACAUGUCCCAGCAGUUUGAGACAUUAUUGAAUAAAGUGAACUCCCAGAAGGAGAUGAUGACUGAACUGGAGGACUGGGUGCAAAAGAGUGGAGACGCCACAGCAGAACUUGGCUCAAAUCUGCAAAGCUGUCUUGACUGUCUGAGAGAGGAACAGGUGAGAGAACGAAACAUACUUGAAGAGGCUCUGAAGCUGCUCAGCACCUUAGUCUCAGAACGCCCAGCCAAACAGAGCUCUGAGAGACUGAAUGACAGUGCCAUUCAGACAUCACCAGGGCUGGAACAACCAUUUUCCAACAUGCUUCAAGGCAAGCAGCUUGCAUAUAUGUCACAUAACCUUAAACACAGUCAGGCUGAAGGUCCCCCUCAGGAUCCUAACUGCAUCACAGGAAAGAGGAAAUCCACUCCGAGAGGCCACAGGAGGCGCAAAAAGAGGCCGCUGGUGCUCUCUCAGAGGAGUAAACUCACUGUCACGGAUGAAAACAGUCAACCUCUCAUGAACUGUAACAAACAACAAACACCCCUCUGUGAGCAUCGUGAUCUGAAAGCAGUGACCGGCCAGGACAGUCUAAACCCAGCCUGUCUAACAAAGCCCGACAGGGAAAUGAGGUCUAUAGCUAGAGGUUGUUUGAUCACCCCUCUCAGCUGCUGGUCUCAGGACAGCAACAGCUCUGCGUGCCCCACAGGAAUCGAACCCAUCUUAGAGAAGCUCUCAGCUGAGUCCAGGACAGGGACUGUAGCGAAACCUGAAGGCCUCUGGCAGUUGUUUGACAACAGUGAUUGUGAUUUAGGCUUUUAGAGGUUGAGUAGAGGACUCAGAAAGUGCAGCGUUUGUGUUCUUAUUUUUAGAAUACAGGGGAAUAAAAGAAAAAAGUUUAUUAUUAUAUUUAAUAUUACUUGUGACCUAUGUUCUAUUAGUUGUCGAGAUGUUUAGUGUUUUGAGGAAUGAACACAUUGAUAAAUGUUUUUGUCAUGUGCUUAUGGUGGAAGAACUGUAGAGGGGUGUAAAAAGGUGUGAAUUACAAGUAAGUUAAGGACAGAGUGACCUACAAAGCAUCACAUUUAAAGUUUUUCAAGUACUGUAACAGUUAAGUGUCUCUGCUGACUUUAAAAUUAAAUUAUUCUGUAUUUAUAUGUCUUAACUUAAAAUGGAAAAUAAACUGAAAGGUUUUUGCAAACAAA